CUUGGUUACAGCUAACUGAUAAAGAUAUGCCAUUAAUUGAGAACGUUGGAUGUGAUGUAACUAUUCAAGCAUUUUUAGAAAUGUUCACACUUUCUACAAAAUCAUCAUGAUUUUCGCAAUUAAUAAAGUUGGGUACUGCCAAAUUGGCUUGACGUCUCAUCUGUAUGAGUACAUGUAGCGCUGUGCUUGUGAUAUUUGUGCAGAUGCGCAUGCUUAUUUUUACACUCCAUUUUAAUCUACUUCAGCGACACAAUUAAAUCAGCGCUCAUUAUUAUGUAUUAUUUUAAACCGUGUUAUAUUCAAGUACCCAGAUGUGACAAAAGCCCUUUGUUUACUUAUUUAUCAAUAGUAUAGUCGCACGUACAGACGAAAUACUUGAAAUGUAAAGUGGUUUUAAAAAGUUCUUGAUAAAACUGCCAUAUUUGUACAUACAUGCAUAUUCAGUUAUUAUUCAAUCUUAAAGUGAUCCUGAACUAUUGAAUAAACAGGCGCAACUAAAGAUUAUUUUAAAUACAUAGAAACCUACUGGCAUUUCCAUCUAGAUAUUUUAUAGAACAAAAUAGUUAAAAUAAUAGCGUACGCUAUAAGAUAGGUAAAAAAUGACGAAUAUCGGCAAUUUAUUGCACUGCGUGUCCAAACAAAUUAAACGCUCUGAACGCGAUGCUCUUAUCAGCUCGUUACUUGCCAAAACAACGGAGACAGAAAAUGUUAAACCAGAUCAUUGUGCUAUAAGGCGUGUUGAAACAUUAGAAAAGGAAGCUUUUGCGUUCUUUGCGCAAGCUCUGCAUAUGUAUCAAGCGAACGAAUGGAUGAUAUCGUUUAACGGCGGAAAAGAUUGCACUGUUUUGCUGGACUUAUUGCAAGCCUUCUUUAAACGCAACAAAUGUAUCAGUCAUAUACGCGUGCCAGUAUUGUAUAUUGAGGCGGAAAACAGUUUUGAAGAGGUCGAAGCUGUGGUGCUACAUUGCGAAAGACGCUAUAAUAUAGACUUAAUAAGGCGCAAAGGUUGUAUAAAGGAUGUGUUGACGCAGGUACUCGAAGAAAAGCCAGAGAUACGUGCUAUAUUCAUGGGCACAAGACGCACGGAUCCAUAUUGUGAGAAUUUAAAUGCUAUGCAGGUUACAGAUGCUGGCUGGCCAAGUGUAAUGCGUAUAAACCCAUUGCUCGAUUGGAGCUAUAGAGAUAUUUGGUAUUACACAUUCGUGCGUCAAGUGCCCUACUGCCGUCUAUAUGAGGAGGGCUAUACAUCGUUGGGUCAAAAGCACAAUACAAUGCCAAAUCCCCAUUUACGCAUAUUUGAUCCGGUUACCAGAGCUGUCACCUAUAAACAUGCCGCUGAACUGAUGGAUGCUGAGUUCGAACGCGCUGGCCGCAUUAAAAAAGAUUACGUGCCGAAUUGUGAUAAAGAGCAGGAGAGCAAAAACCAAGAAGCUGUCGAAGAAAAAUAGCAUAAAAGUAAAAAUUAUUCUUAAUUUAGUAUUCACAAAUAGCUAAAUUGUUAACAUCGUGAUAAAUUCAAAUUCGGUAAAUUAAAUUUAUAUAAAAUCUCAUAUACACUAUGCAACAUAGUGUUAAUAUUUUAGAAAAUUCCAAAUAAGUGCGCUUAUAAAACUAGAACUACAAAAACUAAAAAUUAAACAUAGAACACGCCUGUAUAUAGUAAUAUUCGCUAUUUACCAAACAGAAUAUGUGAAUUUUAUAAAAACUAUAGAAAUUAAUUCUUUGUUUAUAAAUUGAACCUAGAGGCUUCAAUUAUAAAUCGAUUUCACUUAUAAGUUGGUGGUUUUAAGCAUAGCUAUAUAAAAAAACGUACGUACUUAUAUUGCAAUUUUAUUAGAACUCGCAGAAGAUAUUCCACUGAAAAUAUGUAUAUGAACACAUUUUAAUGAAAUUUAUUGUACUUAAAUAAAUUUUUCUUUACUGAAUUGUCACCUAUAUUCAGUAAGUAAAAUCGGUGCUAAACAAU